UAAAGAACCAAGUGAUAGUGAGCCAAGUGUUAGUGACGGUGUAGCUGACACAGUAGUUGCUGCUGACACCUCCUUGGUGACACUACCUUGCUGACACUUCUGCUGACACUCUCCUGCUGAUACUACCUUGCUGACACUUGCACUAUGCCAGCUUCACCAAGCUCUACAAAUGUAGGGGCCGUUGCUCGGUCCCCAUCACGCACAGUCUCUCCUCGUACUGGAGGUGGAUCAGGAGCAUCCACUGUAAGACAACGCAAAACCACCACCACCACCUCUGGUCGCAGCACUGCGUCGACUGGGGGCAUGUGGAGAUUCUACACAGAUGAUUCUCCAGGAAUCAAAGUUGGUCCUUUGCCAGUCCUGGUUGGCUCUUUGGUGUUCAUUGCCACAGUGUUCAUGCUUCAUAUUUGGGGCAAGUACACUAGAGCUUAAACUUGCAGGUGAUAGGAAUUCUCGCCUACAGAAGCAUCUUACACACCCCUGGAAAUCCUAAUAACCAUCUCCUGCAAUGUGGAUUUUUCUUAAUUGAUUGGUUACUGGAUCUUUGGUUUCUUGAGGAAUGUUUAAUUGUGGGAUGUCUGCCAUUCAGAAGUCUAACCCUAUUGGUUGAUCAUUCCAUGUGUAUGGUGCAUGUGAUAGUUUGUAGUUUAUGAAAUUUUAUAUAAUAAACCUUUGACUGAA